GAAGGUUUAGAAGAAUCUGAUUUCUUUAGCUCUUACAUCUAUCUCAUGCUACUUCUUACCCAUCGUCUUUCACACACAAUCCUCAUACCUUAGGUACAUUCCAGACGACGUUGUUUAGCUCCUAUUCCUCCCUCUCCCCCUUUUUUGUUGUUGUCUCGCUUGACCUCGGCCAAAAGAAUUGUCGAAGAAGUCUUCCUUUGUUCCCGUCUCCCUCAUAUUCCGACUAGGUACCUAAGCAUUGGUGACGUCCCUUGCAUGUGAUUAUAUCCCCCAGGAACUCAUUUCCACUUUCCUUCUCGCCAGACCACCAACAUACGACUGGAACCAACCACAGAGUAGUAAAAGGGGCGCAAGCCCAAAUCACAGAACAACGCAAUGGCGACGAAAGUGGGAGGAAAAGAUGGCAAGGCGCCGCCGACGGCAGCCACUAAUCUCAUCGCUGGUGGAGGCGCAGGUAUGAUGGAAGCACUCGCAUGCCAUCCUCUAGACACAAUAAAAGUCCGCAUGCAGCUCUCCCGCCGCGCCCGCCAACCCGGCGCCCCCAAACGCGGCUUCAUCCGCACCGGCUCCGAGAUCGUGAAGCGCGAGACGCCCCUCGGCCUGUACAAGGGGCUGGGCGCCGUGCUCACCGGCAUCGUGCCCAAGAUGGCGAUCCGCUUCACCUCCUUCGAGUGGUACAAGCAGCUGCUCGCCGACUCCGAGACGCAGAUGAUAACGGGGCGGGGCACGUUUCUCGCCGGCCUAGCCGCCGGCGUGACCGAGGCCGUCGCCGUGGUCACGCCGAUGGAGGUCGUCAAGAUCCGGCUGCAGGCGCAGCACCACAGCAUGGCGGACCCGCUCGACAUCCCCAAGUACCGCAACGCCGCGCACGCGCUCUACACCGUCGUCAAGGAGGAGGGCGUCGGCGCGCUGUACCGCGGCGUCAGCCUCACCGCGCUGCGCCAGGGCAGCAACCAGGCCGUCAACUUCACCGCCUACACGUACUUCAAGGAAGCGCUGCUGCGCUGGCAGGAGAAGCGGAACGGCCAGGGCGUGGGGGCCGCGGUGCAGCUGCCCAGCUGGCAGACCACCAUCAUCGGGCUCGUGAGCGGCGCCAUGGGCCCCCUGAGCAACGCGCCCAUCGACACCAUCAAGACGCGGCUGCAGAAGACGCCCGCCGAGGAGGGCGUCUCAGCGUUUAGGAGGAUUAGCGUUAUUGCGGGGGAUAUGUUUAAACAAGAAGGUUUCCACGCAUUCUACAAGGGCAUCACGCCGCGCAUCAUGCGGGUGGCGCCCGGCCAGGCAGUGACGUUCACGGUGUACGAGUAUCUCAAGGAGAAGUUGGAGAAGAGCGGGCCGAGUAUUGUGACGGGUGGGAAAUAUGAGGAAUAGAUACGUACAUACUAGGUACCUAAUACCUGGGUAAAUAAUUAUGUCCGCGGCCAAGUGGACGGCGAUCCCUGGUUGGGGGUAAGAUAAGGUACCUAGGGUAGUAUGGGAAUCGACCGCCGUUUAUG